GACCAGAUCUUGGUUAUCGUUGAGUCUCCUUCAAAAGCCAAGAUCAUUCAAAGUUUCCUCGACUCCCUCUACGUCGUUGAGUCGUGCAUGGGUCAUGUUCGCGAUCUCCCCCAGAGUGCCAAGUCUGUUCCUCCUGAAUUGAAAGCUCGCUUCGGGAAGGUGGUUGGUGUGGAUCCUGACAAUCACUUCGAGCCCCUCUACGUCACUCUUCCUGGCAAAGAGUCAGUGAUCAAAAAGCUGGAGGGGAUCCAGCGCAAAGCAAAGGAAGUCAUCCUUGCGACCGAUGAAGACAGAGAAGCCUGGGAAGCAAUCAGUUGGCAUCUGCUCGAGCUGCUGAAGCCUAAAGUGCCGGUGAAGCGAGCUGUCUUCCACGAGAUCACCAAGGAUGCCAUCACUCGCUCG